UUGCCUCCGACACGGAACGCGGCCCGUCUAGUUCCUUCCUGUCGCGGUCCUUGUGGCCACUCACACCCCGUUCAGCCUUGCUAGCUGGCCGGCCAAACAAGGCUGAAAGAGGCGCCUGGUGCCCAGCCGAGGCGUUUGUGGACAGGCAGCCAGAGCGUGACUUCAGCGGGAAGACGACAACAUGCCCGCGGUGUCGAAAGGGGACGGAAUGCGCGGCCUGGCCGUGUUCAUCUCCGACAUCAGGAACUGCAAAAGUAAAGAGGCAGAAAUUAAGAGGAUCAACAAGGAACUGGCCAACAUUCGGUCCAAGUUCAAAGGUGACAAGGCUCUGGAUGGCUACAGUAAGAAGAAGUAUGUCUGCAAGCUGCUCUUCAUCUUUCUUCUGGGUCACGAUAUCGACUUUGGACACAUGGAGGCCGUCAACCUGCUCAGUUCCAACAAAUACACCGAGAAACAAAUUGGUUACUUGUUCAUCUCAGUGCUGGUGAACUCAAACAGCGACCUCAUCCGUCUCAUCAACAACGCCAUCAAGAACGACCUGGGCAGCCGCAACCCGACCUUCAUGAACCUCGCAUUGCACUGCAUCGCCAACGUGGGCAGCCGAGAAAUGGCAGAGGCCUUUGCUUCCGAAAUCCCCCGCAUCCUAGUGGCGGGGGACACCAUGGACAGCGUGAAGCAGAGCGCGGCGCUCUGUCUCCUCCGUCUAAACAAGACGUCACCUGACCUGGUGCCUAUGGGCGAGUGGACGGCGCGAGUGGUCCAUCUGCUGAACGACCAGCACCUGGGCGUCGUCACGGCAGCCACCAGCCUCAUCACCACGCUGGCUCACAAGAGUCCGGAUGACUUCAAAACCUCCGUGGCACUGGCGGUGGCCCGACUGAGCAGGAUUGUGACGUCAGCGUCCAUCGACCUCCAAGACUACACGUACUACUUUGUUGCAGCACCUUGGCUCUCUGUUAAACUACUGCGACUACUGCAGUGCUACCCUCCGCCUGAGGACGCUGCGUUGCGAAGCCGUCUGACAGAAUGCCUGGAGACCAUAUUGAACAAAGCCCAGGAGCCCCCCAAGUCCAAAAAGGUCCAACACUCCAAUGCAAAGAACGCUGUCCUGUUUGAAGCUAUUUCACUCAUCAUCCACCACGACAGUGAGCCCACCCUGUUGGUACGAGCGUGCAACCAGCUGGGUCAGUUCCUGCAGCACAGGGAGACCAACUUGCGAUAUCUGGCCUUGGAGAGCAUGUGCACGCUGGCCAGCUCGGAGUUUUCCCACGAGGCCGUGAAGACGCACAUGGAAACUGUGAUUAAUGCUUUAAAGACGGAGCGGGACGUGAGCGUUCGCCAGCGGGCGGUGGACCUUCUCUACGCCAUGUGCGACCGCAGCAACGCUAAGCAGAUUGUGGCCGAGAUGCUGAGCUACUUGGAGACCGCCGACUACUCCAUCAGAGAGGAAAUAGUGCUGAAGGUGGCCAUCCUGGCAGAGAAGUACGCCGUGGACUACACUUGGUACGUAGACACCAUCCUCAACCUCAUCCGCAUGGCAGGAGACCACGUCAGCGAGGAGGUGUGGUACCGCGUCAUCCAGAUUGUCAUAAACCAUGACGACGUCCAAGGCUAUGCUGCCAAGACUGUGUUUGAAGCUCUUCAAAGACCUGCCUGCCAUGAGAACCUGGUCAAAGUGGGAGGUUACAUCCUGGGAGAGUUUGGGAACCUGAUUGCUGGUGACCCGCGAUCCAGCCCCCUGGUCCAGUUCAACCUCCUCCACUCCAAGUUCCACCUGUGCUCGGUGCCCACGCGAGCUCUGCUGCUGUCCGCCUACAUCAAGUUCAUCAACCUGUUCCCAGAGGUGAAGACCACCAUCCAGGACGUGCUGCGCUCAGACAGCCAGCUCCGCAACGCCGACGUGGAGCUCCAGCAGAGAGCUGUGGAGUACCUGAGGCUCAGCAGCAUCGCCACCACCGACAUCCUGGCCACCAUCUUGGAGGAGAUGCCGCCCUUCCCGGAGAGAGAGUCGUCUAUCCUGGCCAAGCUGAAGAAGAAGAAGGGACCCGGCAACCUGCCCGACACCGACGACACACGCCGCAACAUGAACGGCGGCACAGAGCACAGCGUCAGCGCUGAUACAACCAGCACCGCCAACACGUCUUCCCCUCCGAUGAUGACGGUGCUUCUCGCCAACCGACCCCGCCCUGCUCCCUCUUGUCCCAUCAUGCUCUCUGCUGGCACGAUGAACUCCGCCCACCCCUUCAACGACUUGCUGAACCUAAACGCCGCCCCCGAUGCCAGCUCCAGUUUGCUGGUGGACGUUUUCUCAGACGUAACACCUGCCGCCACCACGGUCGUGUCUGACGAAAGCUUCAGCAGGUUUGUCUGUAAGAACAAUGGUGUUCUCUAUGAGAAUCAACUUUUGCAGAUUGGACUCAAGUCCGAGUACAGACAGAACCUGGGUCGCAUCUACGUCUUCUUUGGCAACAAGACCUCCAGUCAGUUCCUCAGCUUCACCUCAGCCAUGCGCAGUGAAGACACGCUCAAAACACAGCUGAAUGUCCACGCCAAAGCGGUUGACCCGGUCAUAGACGGGGGGGCCCAGGUUCAGCAGAUCCUCAACAUCGAAUGCGUGUCUGAUUUUAGUGACGCCCCCGUGCUCGACAUCCAGUUCAGGUACGGCGGCGCCCUGCAGAACAUCGCCAUCAAACUCCCUGUGAUGCUCAACAAGUUCUUCCAGCCCACUGAGAUGACGUCAGAGGACUUCUUCCAGCGCUGGAAGCAACUCGGCCUUCCUGAGCAGGAAGUCCAGAAGAUCUUCAAAUCCAAACACCCAAUGGACACUGAGGUCACCAAAGCCAAGAUUAUAGGUUUUGGUGUGGGUUUGCUGGAGGGCGUUGAUCCUAACCCUGCAAACUUUGUCGGAGCUGGAGUGGUCCACACUAAAUGUUCUCAGGUGGGAUGUCUUCUCAGGCUGGAACCCAACGCACAAGCGCAGAUGUAUCGUCUCACACUGAGGACCAGCAGGGACUCCGUGUCUCAGAGACUUUGUGAUCUGCUCUCAGAUCAGUUCUAGAUGCCUCCGUGGUUCCUCUCUGUUCUUUGUACAGUGUAAAGUCUUUUGUUUUUUUAAUGCAACGGAAAUGAAAUGUACUUUUGGCACAUAGCUUCACUGCCUCCACUGCUACGCUCUUGGAAGCCCAGCACACUAGUGAUAUAUAUAUAUAUAUAUAUUUUUUUUUUUUUAACCUUUUUGCACUUUUGAAGGGCAGUAUGACAUCACACCCGAGACCUUUGCCAUGGUGCCGCCUUUACACUCUUCUUCUACACACACUUUGUACUGUAGCUCACUCUGGUGCCUUUGUCUCACUGAAACACUAGCAGCACAGUGCCUCACUACUUCUACCUGAAUGCACACACUAAAUAUUUCUAUUUUCACCGCCUUCACUCGCUCAUUAAAUGCUCCUCACUGCCUUAGGAGGUAUUUUUUUUCAACUGUUUGAAAAUAAAACCGUCUCCUCCUCAAGGCCAGGUCCGUCUGUUCUAUACAAUUACUGAAAUACGUAUCGUCUUAACCAGUGGUUUUCAAUCUUUAAAAACAACAUUUGGAUUUCCAAGAACCUUCAUACUUUUUUGAUCGUAGACUUAGACAAACUUUAAUGAUCCACAAGGGAAAUUGUUCCACACAGUAGCUCAGUUACAAUGAUGGAAAGUGUAAGAAUGGAAAGGACAAUGCAGGUAUAAAUAGACUAUAGUGAUAUAAAUUAUAUACACAAUAUUUACAUCAUAUAUGUACAGUUUCAUAUCUAUUUAUUUGAAAACGUUUUCAAUCAAGCUUUAUUGCAGACUCCAACGUCCAGGUAGACUAUUCAGUCUAAGCCUGGGCCCCUGGAGAGGGGGUCCAGACUACGGCCAACGGAAAAAACUCAUAGCCACAGCACACAUAAGCAUGUGUGUAAGAGGGAAACAUCAAAGAACACAAAGGACAUUAAAAGAGCAAAGCUGAUGCAACCAGCCAUUUCUAUAUACAGCUACAUAAAAAUAUAUAUAAAAUUUAAAAAAAUGUAUACACUGUGGUGGCCUCUGCAGUAUUCCACGCCAUCAUCUGCUGGGGUCGGGGGAGCAUGGCCAGAGACAGGAGCAGACCCAACAAAGCAACCAAGAGAGCCACUCGGCCGCUCACUAACUCUCGGCCAGUGUCCAGUCUGCAUGGAUGAGUGAGGAUGCGUCCAAGGAGACCGAGGUGUCCGAUACCUGCUCAUUCAGCCAAGACACUGUGAAGCCCGUCCGUCCCGGCGCUCAGCACCAGCUCCGCAGCUCUGUCUCUUCAUCCGCGUCUCCUCCAGUCUCUCCAAACGGACUCUGGUGUGGCAGAGACCCAGCAGCUGGUCUCCAUGGCCAAAAGGCUCCCGGGAGGCAGAUCCAGAAGUCCACAAAAAAGCCCCGCAGAAGUCUCAAAAGUGCCACCCCUUGUCAGACAGUCCUAAAGGGUCCCGAACCAAAAGUAAAAACAAAACCGACAUGAAAACAAGAAGGAAACACCAGGAACACAGAAGGAUGACACAAGAGCACAGAGCUCCUGCCACCAGCAGCCACUACAGCGGCGA